UUCAUCCAAAAUUGACAAUUAUAGAAAAUUACUUUAUAAAAUUAAAUUAAAAAAAUAGGCAUGACUCAUACUACAGAUUUGGGACUUCCGUCAUGUCAGAAAAUUUGUCCCAUUAUUUGACAGAUGGAAUUGCAUGCUGCACUCUUCCGGAUAAACUAUAUUCGCCUUCAUUUCUUAUAACAUCACUAUCAAUUUCCCAAUCACAAAUACUACGAAUUUCACUAUUUUUUAGUAUAAAUCUGCUCGGAUCUUCCCUAAAUUCGGGGAAUCAUUAGAUAUUUUCCUUCAAUUUAUCAGUAAUUUCAUCUAUAAAACCCUAAUUUCCGACAUUUUCCCCCCAGAAUUCUGCUUUUUUGAUCUGUAAAUGUCCCCUUCAAAUGCAUCCUACAAUGGUAGGAGAAGCAGCGGAAAUCGCCGCAUUAUAGAAUCGAGUCCAUUUGAAACGGAAUCGAGUAUAAUUAGUAGCAGAAAUGACGGUGGCGGUGGCGGUGGUAGUGAUAGUCAUACAGAAUCAUUGAAAUUGUAUGAAGCAAUUAUAUUUUCUGGACCAAUUGUGUUCACAUUGAUCAUAAUUUUCUUGUUUUACUUCUUCUAUCUCCGCCGUCAUAGUGUGGAUUGGUCUUCUCUUCGUAUGCGUGCUUCGAAUUCUGCUGCCGUAGCCGCCGCCGCUACCGAUGGCGUUGAGGUGGUUGAGCUGGGGUUGAAGAAAGAAUUUAGGGAGAUGCUGCCAAUAAUCGUGUUUAAGGAGAGCUUUUCUGUUAGAGACACACAAUGUUCAGUGUGCCUAGGGGAUUAUCAAGCAGAAGAUAGGCUUCAACAGAUACCUGGUUGUUGUCAUACAUUUCAUCUGAACUGCAUCGACCUUUGGCUAGCAACUCAUACCACUUGCCCACUCUGUCGCCUUUCCCUUAUCAGUCCAUCUAAAACUCCCCCAUCUUUAGAGCCUGAUAGUAAUAUUCAGAUUGACAGUAGAUUGGAAGACCCAGAAAAUGUAGAUGAUGACGUCCUUCGGCUAAACAGAUUGCAGGUUUUGUAAGAGUUGACUCUCUUUUACGGAUUGCAGGUUUUGUAAGAGUUGACUCUCUUUUACGGGAGAAACAGGGACGUAAGAGAUGAUUCUAUAGAAGUUAGGAAGACUAGGAACCUGUACAGGGAACUCAAAAGGUAGGAUACAAGAUGAACCGAUUAGCAAAUUACAGUGCCCGGAUUGUGGGGGUGGAUGAGUUCUGUUAUGCUGGAACAGUUGCCACAAGUUAAGUGAGAAAGUAAGGAGAUUUCCCUUGAAACUGAUACAUCUGAACUCAUACAUCAAUGUAAAACCAAAAGCAUUGUAUCGUUGCCAUUGUUUAGCGACCGAGGAACCUGUACUUGUCCAGAGAGGACUACUGAUUGUAUGUUAUCUCUUUGUAUUACUAUGUAAAAGUAUGUUAAACAAAUAAGCAAUUAAGUUUUCAUGUAGUUCUAGACUUCUAGUGUAACUGUGUAAUUUUAUAUAAUAUGUAAAAAUUAUGAAUUUCUUUUCUUUUUCA